AUAAUAUUUUAAAAUGGGAAAUUAACAAGGCAAAGAUUAUGGAGGUUUGCUUAUCAGAACUGAUAAGCCUUUUUAUUUUGCAGGUGAGAUAAUUACAGGUAUUAAGGAUGUUAAAAAUCUUAGGAAAUAUAUAUUUGGAUAUAUUUAAAGCUGGAUAUCCAGGAGGAGUAGUGUUAUUGAAAGUUACAGGGAAAGAAAAAUGUAAUUGGACAGAGAGUCAAACUAUUACUAGUACUGAUUCAGAAGGAAAAUAAGAAUCUCGAACAGAAUAUGUGACAUAUUCAGGAUAAACAUAAUUUUAUUAACAUCGAGUGGCUAUUUGGACAUUUAAUACUUCAAGUUUACCAGUUGGAUAAUAUACUUUUCCUUUUUAAUUUUAAUUGUUGUCUCAUUUACCUGGAUCAUAUUUUGAAAAAGAAUCUGAUUAUUUAGCUAAAAUUUCAUAUAGAGUCAAAGGAGAAAUAGAAUCAUAUAAUAAAUCUUAUAAAAAUAUCAAACACUCUUAACCUCUUGUUGUUAGAGAACCAUUAAAAUAGAAUAUCACAUCAUUAACGGGUUAAAUGGAAGUCAAUGUAGCAACUUGGUGUUGUAUUGCUUAAGGAGUAAUUAUUUAGUUUAUCAUUAGACUUCAUCUAUCAAAUGUGUUUUUGAUAAAAAUCAUUAUCUUCCAGGAGAUACUGCUUAUUUGUUGGUUGAUUUAGAUAAUUCAGAAUGUAAAUUGGAUAUUAAUAGAAUUGAUGCCAGUCUAAUUAAUUAUUUAACAUUAAGGGACAAAAAUGGAAGAGAAAAACUUAUCACUCGAACCAUAGUCUCUUAAUAAAUUUAAGGUAUUAAAGCAGGAAUUAAAGCUGUUGAAAAUGAUAGAAAAUAAAUCUAACUUAUUUUACUCAAUAAGAGCUAUCCAGAAGGUAUUCGUCCUUCAUCUAAUGGCUAGAUUGUUAAAUCUGUAUAUAGAUUAAAGGUUUAAGCAGUUCUUGAUGGUAAUAUACUUAUUUCUCAUUUUUAGGUUGUGUAUGUUGCAAUCUUCAUCCAGCUGUUGAUGUUCCUAUUGAAAUUGUUGCUCCUGUCCCUUAAAUUUAUAAUCAACAUGUUUAGUAACCUUCUAAUUGGAAUCCUUAAGUUUUUCAACCUUAAAUUGUAUAAUUUACUGAUACCACCAUGUAUUUAAAAGAUCAAAAUUCAUAAUCAAAUUACAAUUAUCCUUAAAAUCCUUAACCUCCUAAUCAAUUUGGAUAAAUGCAAUAGCCAAUGAGUUGA